AUGGAGAGAAGAACCAUAGUGGAUGAGAUGCCUGACCUGGGCAAGGAGACCGUGUGGAGAAGCUCCUACUGCCAUAACACUCACCAGUGUUUCCAGUUCCUGCCUAAGUCAUUAUCGAGCCAGACCCCGAGCUGGGCCAUCCCCACCACUGGCCGGGUGGUCCUCGGCGACGGUGUGCAGCCGCCCAGGGACUACAGCACCACCCGGGGCAGCACACUCUUCAGCACCACCCCAGGAGGAACCAGGAUCAUCUAUGACCGCAAAUUCCUGAUGGAGGGUUGGAACUCACCUGUGGCCAGAACGCCCCCGAGGGACCUGCCAACCAUUCCUAGAGUCACCAGUCCUACCAGUGAUGAGCUGCCUGUGGAAGCCAGCCAAACCCACCUGCCCAGGAACCCAGAAGAAAAGCAGGUGACGGGAGAAGAGUCACAGUUUGAGAUGGACAUUUAA